GAUCCAUGGGGCCUAGGGAGCUGGGAUGAGGCUGGAGACUGGGACCAGAGUGGGCUGCUGCAAUCUGCAUACAUCCCUGUCCCCAGGCAGAGAUGCCCCCCUGGAAAGGCUGGGCUGGAUGAAGUCAUGGCUGCUGCCGUCCUUACCAGCCUGUCUACCAGCCCCCUGAUUUUGGGUCCCUCCUCAGUGCCCUUUGGCCCAGAGUCCUGCUGUGAUCCUUGGAAGGAAGCUUCAGCUGGGCCAUCUGGCAGCUACAGCAGCAGCAACAACAGUGGGGACUGGGGCUGGGACCCUCCCAGUGAUCAGUCAUCUCCAUCUACACCCUCCCCACCGCUGCCCCCAGAAGCUGCCCAUUUUCUGUUUGGGGACCCUGCGCCCCGGAAAAGGAAGAAUUCGGUGAAAGUGAUGUUCAAAUGCCUGUGGAAAAGCUGCGGGAAAGUGCUGAGCACCUCCUCUGGGAUACAGAAGCAUAUUCGAACUGUGCACCUGGGGCGUCGGGCAGAGCUGGAUCAGAGUGACGGCGAAGAGGAUUUCUACUACACGGAGCUGGACAUCAAUGUGGAUUCGCUGACAGAUGGCCUAUCCAGCCUGACCCCCAUGUCACCCACUUCCUCAGUGCCCCCUGCCUUUCCCAGCCUGGACCUGGCAGUUCCGGCCCCUUUGGAGACCACAGCUGUGCCCACUAUCCUGAGCCCUGUGGUUUCUACCACUCUGUGCCACGUCCACACCGACCAUGCCUACCAGGGCUGUCUGACUCCGGGCCAUCCAGUUGGGACAGGGCAUAAGGGGCCCCAACUUCCCCAACCCACAGUCCUGAAGCCCCCCGUACCAGCCAUACCCUCUGGCCUCAAACCCACCACAGGCAUAAGGAAGCCUCGAGGUGAAGCCAAGAAGUGCCGGAAGGUGUAUGGGAUGGAGAACAGAGACAUGUGGUGCACGGCCUGUCGCUGGAAGAAGGCCUGUCAGCGGUUCCUUGAUUGAAGCCCAGCUUGUCCCAGCCCUGCCCCCAGCCCCACUUCUUGCACAGUUUGCACUGCAGGUGCCUUGAAAUGCCCCCUCCCUGGAGGCUGUUCCCUUCUCUCAUGACUCGGGGGCAGCUCCUCUCCCCUGCCCCUCUAGGGUCUCCAGAAGGCCCCUCCUCCAGCCCAGGGCAGAUGGCCCAGCCUCUACCCUCUCUUGAACUCAGCCCCCUGCUUUUUAAAAAAGGAAAUAAGCUAUUGUUCCCUUCCCCCACCCCUCCCACAGAAGGGCAGGUGGGUAGGAGGUGGUGCCGGGGAGGAUGCCUUCCCCCCACUUGCCCUGUGUGCUCAUGUGGGCGGGAUGUCUGUGACAACUCAAAAGUGCCUGAGGAAACCAGCAGUUUGCACUAAAACACGGAGGGCUCUGGCCCCAGCCCGUGCCCCCUCCCCAUGCCCAGUAAAAGGAGCCCGAGCCCGGGGCUCGGACAGUCACCCUGGGCUCCCAGCUCCCGAAGUCGCCCUGCCUGCACGUGACCGGGUUCUUCCUUUUGCUUUAGAGGCCAGAGGGGCUUCCCUUGGCCUCCGUGUACGUGUGUGUCGUGUGUCUGGUCUGUAUAGUGUGUCAGACUCGCUGGUGCCUUUCCCUUCGGAAGGAAUUUCUGGGGCUCCCUAAACCGAACUCUGCAGAAGUCUGGGUGCGGGCGUGGGAGAGGGAAGCCGAGAUCUGUUUUUAGAGAUUUUACACCUUCCUGCGGCCUACUGGGGCGGCACCGAGUUGGCGGAGGUCUGGCUACGCCCCUACCCCUGGGUCUCCGCCCCCUGACUCUAGGCCGGGGAGGGCCCGUACAGCUGCAACACGCCCACGGCCCCAGGGGUUCCAGCUGUGCCCUCCGCCCCCGCGCGGAGCCUCCGGCGCCGGCUCUCAGUCGGGGGAGGGACUAGUUGCGGGGGCCGGAGCUGGCUGGAGGCUCCAGUGCCUAGUCCCCGCCCCCUGGAGAGGGACAGUGUCUAAUGCACUUUGAAGGGGACCGUGGAGAGGCCUCCCGGCUCUGUCGGAAUUUCUCUCACAUGCUCCCUCUCCGUUCCCUGCCCCGCGAUGCCGCCCCUUCAGGUGCGCUCGGCCUGGGCCCUAGAAUCGGGAAUCACAUUCCAAACUUUCUUCGCAAACCGGUUUUCGUGAAACUUUCCUGCUAAACUAACGACGUUAGGUCUUCACUGAGAGUUUGAAGGGAAAGAAAAUUGCACUGUCCGCGGGGUCCCCUCCGGCUCCUGUUCUUGGCUGGGUUGGUGGGGUGGGGUUGUGCGGACACUUUUUACCACGUAGGAGAAGCUCAGGUCUCUCGCUUUUGGCCCUCUUGGACACAGCUGUAUCAGGGCGAGAAAAGAAAGUAAAGAUGUGUUUUCGGUAUUUUUUUUCCAGAA